UAAUAUUGGAAGAUUUUAAUGAAGAAAACUCUUCAAUAAAUAGAAGGAGAAUACGCGACGCGUCGAAUCCAAUGGAAUUGCCCGAUUUAUAGUAAGACUAAUACAAAUUUCAUUAAGUAAAUAUCAAAGUAUUUCUUUUGCACAGCUUCCAAACGAAAUACCGACAGACCAAGGAGGUUUUUAUGUACGUCCUUAGUGAAAUAAACCUUAGAGAAGGACUUAGGAGUACAUAUAUACCUCCAAUUUUGAGGCUAGCUGCAACGCUGGAGAUAUUAGCAGGUUGCGGUUAUCAGUGGCAAACUGGCGGCGCACACACAGCAGCAAUGGGGCAUAGUACUCUGCCGAAGAUAUUUCGCAGCACAUUAUCGUCGAUGGAAGAAACUCUAUGCAACCAAUGGAUAUCUUUCGAAAAAAACUUCCAGCCGUGCAAAGAGUGGUUCCAAGAAAAAUAUAACUUUCCGGGAAUUGUUGGUGCCGGAGAUGGUACUCAUUUAAUGCUGUUGAGGCCUUUUGAGAACGAGCAUAUAUACUUCAACAGGAAAGGAAAACAUAGUAUAAACGCGAUGAUUGUAAAUAUACAGUCGAACUUCCAUAUAGUGAAUUCGCACGGGACCUGAAAAUCACUUCACUAUAUAGAAACUUCAUUAUAAAGAAACAUUGAUUUUUUAUGUAAUUUUAUUUAAAAUAAUCAGUGAGUUUGGUUUGAAUUACAGUCUUCCAUUUUUCAUUUUCAAUAAAAGCUUCCAAAUCAUGUAGAGAGUUGAAAACAUUAAUCGGCACGUCACUCCUCAUUUCCACAAAGGUUCUAAUUACGCUAAUGGAUGAAGCAGCUUGUAUCAACGUAGGUAAU